GCAGCCAAUCAACUCACAAGAUUGUGGACCACGCCCCCUCAACCUCUCCCUAGGAAUGGCUGCAGGCACAGUUCUGUGAAACUGAAGACUGGGGUUAAGAUGGAGACAGAGGACGAGACAUAUGUAAGGUGUGACCAGCAGUUUGACAAGAGUCCUGCAAACCUAAAUGACAGAUAUGCAACAGCAAAGUCUGAGAUUACAAUUAAGAUCGAAGAGGAAGAGGAGUCCUGCGAUGAUGACUCUGGGGAGAAUGAAAAUCAUCCACAGUCCUGCUCAGAAGGAUAUGUCAUAGAUACAGAUGAAAAUGCGGAGAAGACAGACCAAAGUGAACAUCCAGAUUUAAAGGACAAUUCACAUACAGAUGGGUCAGCAAUCACUGGAGCAUGUGACGAAUCUUAUUGCUUGGCUAUGGCACAAGAUGCUAUUGAUUUGACAAAUAACCGCCACAAAGCAGAGAGGCUGCAUUAUUGCUGUAGAUGUGGCAAAGGUUUGUCCAGUCAUGCUGACCUCAUAGAACAUCUAAAAACUCACAUGGACGAGAGACCUUUUCCUUGUUCUGAUUGUGGAAAACGCUUUUAUAAAAGGUCAAAUCUUGAACAACACCAGAAGAUUCACACCGGCGACAAACCUUUCGUAUGUUUGCAGUGUAAGAAGUGUUUUAUCAGUAACGCACAUCUCACUAGACAUCAAGUAACACACAGUGAAAAGACUCUCUUUAUCUGCUCAAGCUGUGGUAAGAGUUUUACAAGGAACUCAACGCUCAUUCAGCAUCAGAGAGUUCAUGAAGUAAGGGCACCAUUUCCUUGCUCAGUAUGCGGCAAAGUUUUCACACAAAAGUCAGAUCUCGUGAAACACACGAGAAUACACACUGGUGAGAAACCAUUUGCUUGUGGCGAGUGUGGAAAAUGCUUUAACCUUAGGUCAAGUCUUGUGAAACAUGAGCGGACACACACAGGAGAGAAGCCGUUUACAUGUCCACAGUGUUGGAAACGGUUCAGUCAAAACUCACACCUUGCCAAACAUCAAAAACUUCACAGAGGGGAGAAACCGUUUCCUUGCUUGCAGUGCGGGAUACGAUUUAUGAGUAACUCAGAACUUGCGAGGCACAUGGUGAUUCACACAGGAAGUAAACCUUUUUCCUGCACUGAAUGUGGGAAAUGCUUUAGUUGGAAGUCCUCUCUUGUGGAUCAUCUGAGAAUUCACACAGGAGAAAAACCAUUUGCUUGUUCAGAUUGUAGGGCAUGUUUUAAAAAGAGGUCAGCACUUGUAAAACAUCAGAAAACACAUUCUAGCUUUGUAUGCACUUAACCCAAGGACUAUACAUUAAAUUAGUAUUAUAACUAAUUUAGAAUUGUAUUAUACUACAGAGCAGAAGUAGCCAGCAUGUGGCUAUACAGCUGAUGUAAAAAUGCAUCUUCCAUUGUGCUUUGUACCCCCAUAGCAUGAUGUCAAAGAAUCAUGGACUUGCAGAUAAACAAUACAAUACUGUUUGUUUUCUGAUAAAGGAUCAUUAUCCUUUCCUUAAAGGACACUUUAUACUUGCUGGAGGUGUGGGCGAGAGGUAGGCAUUAUGCUUCAUGUUUGGUGGUCCUGCUGCAGGCUCCAACCAUUCUGGACCGGCACAGCAAACCUCUUGCAAAAACAUAUUACCAACACCACGGAUAGAUAACACAAAGGUCUGUGUUUUGUUUAUGAUGCCGGAGGGCCUCCAAAACGUACCCAUGUCAUCCUUUACCAUGCCUUAAUAUCUGACAAUUUAUUAAUCUCUAGACUUUGGAAAAAGACUAAAUUGGUCAUAUGAACUUUUGACCAUUCAACAGUUUGGUAUCUACAAGACAACCCAAGAAGCAAGUACCGAAUGGGUAGCAAAAAUUAAAGACAUUCAUAAUUUUUUUUUAAAUUCAAGAAAAAAAAAAGCAUUCAAAGUCAACUGCCCAGGACAAAGGUCUCCGUCUCCACAAAGGUCCCACGUAGACAGAGACACGCCUAAGGGCCACAAAACUACUCAGUUGACGAAACUCUUGCUGUAAAAUUGAUGACCGGUGUCCACAUAAAAAACAUAACAUAAAGUGAUAUGACGUUGUGUCAUGCUAUGUUGGAAUGUAAAAUUUAUAUUAAUGUUCCCCCCAAUGCCUCCCUUCUUGCUUUCUGUACCCCCUCUUUUUUUUUUUUUUUUUGAUGCUUGCAAAACUAAUAAACUUCAAAUUGGAAA